CACACACGCCCCCCGGACAGUGGCAUAAAACAAUGCGAUUCGACAGAUUAUUACACAUUCAGCUGCGUUUUAACGAUGACACGGUUUUGGACAGUGAUGAAGAAUUUACCUUUUCAUCCGAAGAAGAUUGCGAUAUCGACGAAGAGCGUUUGCAUUUUGAAGAGCGAAACGACCAAUUUGAGGACUUUCCAGCAAGCUGCUAUGAUGAGAAUGUGGCUGCAUCACCCCUGCCUUCACUGGAAACUCACACCAGGCCACAGCUUUGUCUCAUUGUGUUCCACCAUUCAUUCUGCAUAUACAGGAGACACUGUGCAGAGGAGGGUGAAAUUACAAGGUAAAUGGGAAACAAAGACAUUUCCAUGCACCGCACUUGUAACUGCAUAUAACCAGCACAUGGGGGGCGUUGACCUGUCUGAUCAACUGCUGCAAUAUUACACAGCACAGCACAAAACAAUGAAGUGGUACCGAAAGAUUUUUCUACACUUCUUGGACAUCGCUGCCACCAACAGUUUCAUUGUGCAUAAAGAACUGUAUGGUGAUGUGUCCCAUAAAGAAUUUAUGGAACAACUUAUUGCCGAGCUUUGUAGCGUUACACAGAAAGUAGUGCCAAAACGGACCAACGCUGAUCAUGUACCAGUUCCUGCAUCUGAACUGUCCUCUGAUGUCAGAAAUGUUGCCACUGCUGGCCGCAAGAGCUGUGUACAUUGCAAAACAUUGCAUGGUAAGCACCACAAAACACCAUGGAAAUGCCUGGCAUGCGAUGUUUACCUGUGUCUUCAGUUGAACAGGAACUGCUUUCAAGAGUGGCACAGGGAUUUUGCAUAGUGUGUUAUUGUU